AGUAAAAUAAAUUCAUAAAAAUCAUUAUCAAAGACUAUAUUUCAGUAGAAAUAUCCAAUAAUUUUAAAAACCUGAUAAAGAAAACAAACCAAACACAUUUAUCUAGUAUUCUUACCUAUCUGCCUAUAUAUAUUAGCAAGUAUCAUUCUAAAGCUUCUCAAAUCAAAGGAAACCGUUCCGGUCUUUCCUCUCGUCCUCGUCUCUUUGCUAUUAGCUCUGUUCUGCGAAAUGGAGUUACAGAACGAGGACAAGAACAAAGAAGAAGAGAAAAAUACAAAGAAGAAGUGGCAGAAGAGUUACUUCGAUGUUUUGGGAAUCUGUUGUUCAUCGGAAGUUCCUCUGAUCGAGAAUAUUCUCAAGUCUCUCGACGGCGUUAAGGAAUAUUCCGUCAACGUCCCGUCGAGAACCGUGAUCGUUGUCCAUGACAACCUCCUCAUCUCUCCGUUCCAAAUUGCUAAGGCCUUGAACCAAGCUAAGUUUGAAGCCAACGUUAAAGUGGACGGGAAAACCAACUUCAAGAAUAAAUGGCCAAGCCCUUUCGCGCUGGCUUCCGGCAUACUCCUCCUCCUCUCCUUUCUGAAGUUUGUAUACCCGCCUCUACGUUGGAUCGCUGUCGCAGCCGUCGCCGCUGGUAUUUAUCCGAUUCUUGCAAAAGCCGUUGCUUCUAUAGGAAGGAAGAGGGUCGACAUCAACAUCCUAGUCAUUAUAACCGUGGCAGCAACACUUGCAAUGCAAGAUUACAUGGAGGCAGCAGCAGUUGUGUUCUUAUUCACCAUAGCCGAAUGGCUUGAAACAAGAGCUAGCUACAAGGCAACCACGGUAAUGCAGUCACUGAUGAGCUUAGCUCCACAGAAGGCAAUAAUAGCAGAGACUGGAGAAGAAGUUGAAGUAGAUGAGGUUAAGGUUAACACCAUUGUAGCAGUAAAAGCCGGAGAAACCAUACCUAUUGAUGGUAUUGUGGUGGAUGGAAACUGUGAAGUAGACGAAAAAACCUUAACGGGAGAAGCAUAUCCUGUUCCUAAACAGAGAGAUUCUACGGUUUGGGCUGGAACCAUCAAUCUAAAUGGCUAUGUUAGUGUGAAAACAACUUCUUUAGCAAGUGAUUGCGUGGUUGCAAAGAUGGCUAAGCUCGUGGAAGAAGCUCAGAGCAGUAAAACCAAAUCUCAAAGACUAAUAGACAAAUGUUCUCAGUACUAUACUCCAGCAAUUAUCUUAGUAUCAGGUGGCUUUGCGGUUGUCCCAGCCGUAAUGAAAGUACACAACCUCAACCAUUGGUUCCACUUAGCACUAGUUGUGUUAGUCAGUGCUUGUCCAUGUGGUCUUAUCCUCUCCACACCAGUUGCUACUUUCUGUGCGCUUACAAAAGCGGCUACUUCAGGGCUUCUGAUCAAAAGUGCUGAUUAUCUCGACACUCUCUCAAAGAUAAAGAUCACUGCAUUCGACAAAACCGGGACUAUUACCAGAGGAGAGUUCAUUGUCAUUGAGUUCAGAUCACUCUCUACAGAUAUAAGCCUACACAACUUGCUUUACUGGGUAUCAAGUGUUGAAAGCAAAUCAAGCCAUCCAAUGGCAGCAACGAUAGUGGACUAUGCUAAAUCUGUUGAUGUUGAGCCUAGGACUGAAGAAGUUAAGGGUUACCAGAACUUUCCAGGUGAAGGAAUCUAUGGGAAGAUUGAUGGGAAUGAUAUCUACAUUGGGAACAAAAGGAUUGGUUCAAGAGCUAAGUGUUCAACAGUUCCAGAGAUUGAGGUGGAUACCAACAAAGGAGGAAAGACUGUAGGAUACAUCUAUGUAGGUGAAAGACUAGCUGGAGUUUUCAAUCUUUCUGAUGCUUGUAGAUCAGGUGUAGCUCAAGCAAUGAAGGAACUGAAAGACCUUGGCAUCAAAACCGCAAUGCUAACUGGAGAUAAUCAAGAUGCAGCCAUGCAUGCUCAAGAACAGUUGGGAAAUGCUAUGGAUGUUGUGCAUGGAGAACUUCUACCAGAAGACAAAUCAAAAAUCAUACUAGAGUUUAAGAAAGAAGGACCAACAGCAAUGGUAGGAGACGGUGUGAAUGAUGCACCAGCUUUAGCCACAGCUGAUAUUGGUAUCUCCAUGGGGAUCUCCGGCUCUGCACUUGCAACACAGACUGGUCAUAUCAUUCUGAUGUCUAAUGAUAUCAGAAGGAUACCACAGGCGAUAAGGCUAGCCAGGAGAGCUCGGCGCAAAGUGGUCGAAAACUUGUUCAUAUCAAUCACUUUGAAAGUAGGGAUACUAGUUUUGGCGUUUGCUGGUCAUCCUUUGAUUUGGGCUGCGGUGCUGGCCGAUGUAGGGACUUGUCUUCUUGUGAUUCUCAACAGUAUGUUGCUGCUGCAAGAUAAGGACAAAACCAAGAACAAAAAGUGUUACAGGGCUUCUAGCACUUUGUUGAAUGGUAAAAAACUUGAAGGGGGUGCAGAGGAAGAGCUGGACUUGGAAGCAGGUUUGUUAACAAAGAGUGGUCAAUGCAACUCAGGAUGUUGUGGUGAUAAGAAAAAGCAAGAGAAGGUGAAACCAAGUAGUAAAUCCAGUUAUACCCAUAGACAUUCUGGUUGUUGUGGUGAUAAGCAGCAGCAAGAUAAUGUAAAGACGAUUGUGAAAGAGAGCUGUUGCGGUGAGAAAAAUAAGAUACACAUGGCUUCAUUUAGCUCAUGCAAGAAGUCUACUCAUGUCAAAAAAGGUGGUUCAGGUUGUUGUGAUAAGAAGAAAGAGAAGAUGAAGGAGACAGUGGCAAAGAGGUGUUGUGAGGAGAAGGAGAAAAAUGUUGAGAUGCAGAUUCUUGGUGGCCAAGAGUUAAUUGAUUUGGAGAAAGGUCUGGCUGGUGAAACCUGCAAAUCAAGAUGCUGUGGAACUAAAGAGAAGGCUGCUGAAGCUGCAUACAAAGUGGACUGCAACUCAGGAAGCUGCCAGGAAAACGAGACAGUGAAACAAAGAUGCCAUGAGAAGACAUGUCUAGACAUUGAAACUGGUGACUCCAAGUUGGUUUGUUAUGGAGAGACAGAAGGAGAAGUGGGAGAGCAAUCUGAUCUUGAGGUAAAGAAUGAAAGAGAAUGCAAUUCUGGUUGCUGCAGUGAUGAAAGAAAACAAACCGAGGAAAUAACUCUGGCUUCGGAAGAAGAGACGACAGAGAUUCUGGAUUGCUCCUCCUCAGUGAAGCAAAGCUGCCAUGAGAGUACAUGUCUAGAAGUGAAAGAGCAAUUUGAUCUCAAGAUAGAAAAUGAAGGACAUUGCAAGUCUGACUGCUGUGGUGAUGAGAAACAAACUGGAGAAAUAACUAUGGCAUGUGAGGAAGAGACAGACGGCUCGGAUUGCUCCUCGACAUGCUGUGGAAACAAGGAGGAAGUUGAACAAAGCUGUCAUGAGAAGGCAUGUCUGGACAUUGAAGCUGGUGUGAGUUGUGAUCUCAAGUUGGCUUGUUGUGGAAACACAGAAGGAGAAGUGAAAGAGAAACUUGAUUUUGAGGAGGGCUUGCAGAUAAAGAACCAAGGACAAUGCAAGUCUGAUUGCGGUUUGAAGGAAGAAGGGUCUUCUAGUUUGGUGGGCAAAGAGCGAGAGAUAGUGAAAGUUCUUAGCCAAAGCAGCAGCUGCUGCACAAGUCCUACUGAGUUGCACGUGAAGAAGAAGAAGAUAGAGAUUUGUUGCAAAGUGAAGACUCCAGAGGCCGUUGCUUGUGAAUCUAUUAAGUGUAAGGAAAGAGAGAAGCGUCACAUUGGUAAAAGCUGUUGCAGGAGUUAUGCCAAGGAAUAUUGCAGCCACAGGCACCACCACCAUCAUCAUCAUCACCAUGUUGGUGCUGUUUAAUGGCCUUUUGAAUCUCGAUGUAUCCAUCUAUUCACAAUAACCUUGCUUCUUCCACUAGUGCCGUCCAGAAAAUGAAAAACAUUGCUGUUUUAUUGUUUCCAGCCAUUGUGUGGUUCAUCAAGAACAAUGUUAAUGAUCCUUUAUGUUUGCCUCUAGUAUUUCUCGUUUUUUGCUUUGUUACUCGGUUAUUUGAAAAUGUUGGAUAAAACAAGUUGGAACUUUUAU